AUGCUUGGAAUGUUGAAAUCACAACAAGGACAAUAUAAAGAACCAGUUUCAUUUUAUGAAAAAGCACUCGAAAUCAAGCGAAAAACUCUUCCGGAAGAUCAUUCUUCAUUGGCUGCCACGUACAACAACAUCGGUCUUGCAUAUAAUAACAUGGGUAACUACUCGAAAGCACUUGAAUUUUACGCAAAGUCACUUAAAAUAAGCGAAAAAGCUCUGCCUCCGAAUCAUUCCGAUUUAGCUCAAUCCUACAACAGCAUCGGUUCGGUGUAUGACAACAUUGGUAACUACUCGAAAGCACUUGAAUUUUACGCAAAGUCACUUAAAAUAAGAGAAAAAGCUCUGCCUCCGAAUCAUCCCGAUUUGGCUACUUCCUACAACAACAUCGGUCUUGCGUAUAACAGCAUGAGUAACUACUCGACAGCACUUGAAUUUUACGAUAAAUCACUUAAAGUAAGAGAAAAAUCUUUGUCUCCGAAUCAUCCCGUAUUGGCUCAAUCCUACAACAACAUCGGUCUUGCAUAUAACUACAUGGGUAAAUACUCGACAACACUUGAAUUUUACCACAAAGCACUUAGAAUAAGAGAAAAAUCUCUGUCUCCGAAUCAUCCCCAUUUGGCUACCUCCUACAACAACAUCGGUGCAACGUAUUACAACAUGGGUAACUACUCGAAAGCACUUGAAUUUCACGAGAAAUCACUCAAAAUAAGAGAAAUAGCUCUGCCUCCGAAUCAUCCCGAUUUGGCUACUUCCUACAACAACAUCAGUUCGGUGUAUGACAGCAUGAGUAAUUACCCAGAAGCACUUGAAUUUUACGACAAAUCACUUAAAAUACUUGAAAAAUAUCUGCCUCCGAAUCAUCCCAACUUGGCUAGUUCCUACAACAACAUCGGUGUUGCGUAUAAAAACAUGGGUAACUACUCGAAAGCACUUGGAUUUUACGACAAAGCACUUAAAAUACUCGAAAAAUCUCUGCCUCCGAAUCAUCCCGAUUUGGCUACUUCCUACAACAACAUCGGCAUGGCUUAUUCCGGACAAGGCGACUACCCAAAAGCACUUUCAUAUCUAGAAAAGUCACUUGCCAUCUUCAAAGAAUCACUCCCACCGACGCAUCCGCAUAUUAAAACAUUGAUAGAUAACAUUGACUCUGUGAAAAAGAAAAUGUAAACUUUUUUUUUUCUUCUCGCUUGCUGAAUAAAUUGAGUUCAAUUGCUAUUCACCUCACUUCCCGGCUUUUCUAGGCUCAUUUUCGCGUACACGCGUGCGCGAACAAGGAGACCCCCCUGUAAGGGUAUGCACUGAAAAAAAUGGGCGUAGAAUAAUAAACCCUCAAAAAGGGUUUAUGACCACGGCAUAAACCCUUUUUAGGUUUAUGGACGUAAUCUACCCUCUCAUUAACCUUUUUUUUUCAUAAACCUUGGCAAGGGUUUGCUAUACGUUGCACUUUCAUAAACCCUUCGGGGUAUAUGAGCUGUAAUAUACCUUUAAAAAGUUGAUAAAAUUCAUCAACCCUUCAGAAAAGCGUU